CAGAAAGCGAAGUGCCGGCGUGUUUGUUUGGUUCUGCGGAAGGUUUUAGGGCUCGUUGUGUUCCCCCUAACCCCCAGCAGUGCAGCCCGUCAGGAUACAGCGUGAGGCCCAGCCCCUCUUGAACAGACGCCCCUCACAUGCUGGUUGCUGGCCCCGUCCCGCCCUCCCUCCGUCUGUCAGUGGCGGAAGUUGCAACUCGUAUAGGAAGUAACCCGAUGAGUGAGUACUGUCUCCUGGCGGUGCUAUUUCGUCCCCACGCCCUUCACACUUCCACUGCCCGCUGCAGGAGCUGACAGGGGAAGGCCAGAGGAUGUUUUGGUGUGUUUCGAUAAGCUAGAAUAGUGUAUGGGAGGAAUUAAGGCAAAAUAUUGAAGUGCGGCUAAGUGGCAACUGCGGGGGUCGAGGUACCGUGUGUUAGCAGCGAGGACUGAGCUGGUUGUGCACUGUUCCUUGCCUUCCUCACAGCGCCUCCCUCCGGCCCUCCCCAAAAGUGCUCAUAUUCCAGUGCUGGUGUCAUGCUCACGUCUUAGCGAGGCACUCACCACUCGCUCAUCACCAGCUCACCACCGCCUCACUCUCCCCACCAAGUGACACACGCGUCGAGAGGAAGAAAACGUGUUAGAAAUCGGAUGUGUCUUCGUGUGUGUUUAGUGUGUGUGUCUCUGGGUUCUGGUCGAGGUGCGGGACGAGUGUUGUGAGUUGCAAGAGAGGGUAGGAGUGAAGGGAGGCACCACCAUGACGGAGAGCUGCUGUAGCCCAUCCCGGUGAGCACAGGCCGGCAGGUGGCAAGGUGAAGGUGAAGGUGCCGCAGGGAGGUGGGUGGCUGGGACGACAUUCAAAGAGUUACAAUCACCAUCCUGUCACAUCUGGAGCGCCGCCCACACCUCACAGCCUCGCCAGCCACUACAGCGCGAGGCUCCUGAGGGCGUCGGCCAAGGAACACAGACGCCCUUUGUAAUUCUACUCGGAAACUUCAGCAUCUACUUCAUCGUCUCCGUCAUCGCCUUCUUCAUCGUUUCCGUCAUCGCCUUCUUCAUCGUCUCCGUCAUCAUCAUCUUCGUCAUCGCCUUCUUCAUCGCCUACGACAGCCACCGCCAUGAACUCGCCGCGUGGCCUGGACGGGGUGCUGGCGUACUUGGGCAACCCGCACCCCAGCGUCACGGUCCAGCUCCUCUUCACAGCCGGCUUGGCUGUGCUGGGCCUGGGUUCUCCUGAGGUGUUCAUGAUGCUGCCGGUGCCCCUGUACAGCUGCUGGUUCACCUUCGGGGUCAACGAUGAGUGGUGUUAUGGAGAAGAGCUGAUGCCGCCCACGACUGAUGAUGACUACAGAUCGGUGCUGGCGUGUUCCGAGCGAAGGUGGCAGCCGUUCGCGUUCCCCGGGGCGGUGCUGGCGGGGUUGCGGGUGGUGGUGGUGUUGGUGGCGGGCCUCUUCAUGGACGUGCUGGGCCGCCGCCGCUCUGUCGUAGCUUGGAUGGGACUGUACUUCGUGGUGGCCUUCUCCCGCUCCUUCUCCCCCAACGAUGAGGCGGUGGUGCUGUGUGUCACGCUGGAGGGCGCCGCCUCGCAGGCUGUCACCCUGGCGCUGCUGCUGCUGGCCGCUGAGGGCAGUACACAAGGGGAGUGCGUGCGGUCCGUGUGCCUGGUGAUCCUGGGGCACGCGGUGGGCAUCGGGGCAGGGGCGCCUCUCGUCCAUUACUUCGUUGAGGGGGACGUGUACCGCCAGAUGGUCCGCAGCCUGCCAGCCCUGGUCUUUGUGCCCUUCAUCAUGGCCUUGCCGGAGAGUGCGCGGUGGGCGGUGUGUCGCGGCCGCACCCACGACGCCACGCUCAUCCUCAAGCGGUCACACCACAUGACCUUCGACCCAACCAUGAAGCAGAAGCUGGCCACCCUGCAUGAGGAGCAUAAGGAGUCCAUGGACCACUACGGCUGCCGCGGCCACGCCCUGAGGGAGAGCGUGGUGCCCCUGGUGAGGUCUGGGCGCCUGCUGCUCUCCGCCAUCGUGUUCAUGCUGUGCGGUCUGGCCUACGGGUGUGCCGCCAGCGCUCGCCACCUCUUCGACAACGUGCCCUUCAUGAGCUACGAGGACAGACAAGUGACAUUUGCGGCCUUUGAGUUCAUCUUCCUGCUGGUGAUGGGUCUGACGGUGACUCGGCGCGGCGUGAAGUGGGUGCUGGUGGGCCUCAUGUCAGCGCUCUCCAUAGCGCUGCUCCUCACACGCGUCCUUGAUAAGACCGGGGUCCUGAGAAGCUGCGGCGCCUACGUGUUCAUCUCUGCCCUGGGUCACGGGUGCGUGGUGCUGGCGGGCGUGUGGCUAACCAUGUCUGUGAUCCGCCUCACGCCCACACACUCCCGAGGUUUCGUGCUGGGCGCCACCUACUCCAUGGCCACGCUGGGACAGAUCUUCCCUUACUUCGAUGUAGUGGGCGCCUUUCUCUGGUCGGGAUCUUACCUUGACGUGUUCGCGGAGAUCGGACUGUGGGCCAUCGUGACCUUCGUGGCGGGCCUCCUCACGCUGCUGCUGCCCAAGACCCCGCCCAGCCUGCCAGACACCCUCAGGCACCUCUACAACAACGUGCAAAAUGAGAAACCUGAUCCAGAGGAAGAAAACGAGAACACCCGCCUUUGAUGUCACCACCACCACCACCACCACCACCAACAACAACAACAACAACAACAGCAGCAGCAGCAAGAACAAAAACAACAACAACAAUACUACUACCAUAAGAACUC